AUGGAUGGCGAUGACCCGGUCGAGCCAAGUGCAGGCCGUUCAGGCGCCCCGGCAACCAGCAACUGCCGAUGCUACGGAACAAGUUCGAAGGUCUUCUGUCAUUUGGGUAUAAUAUCAACGAUUGGUGUUGAGCGUGCCCCAGCCGUUAUUGGACAACCCCCUGCUGCAGCUGUGACAAUUGCCGGAGUUCCGAAUGCGAGCCCAGCGGCAAAGCCCGACCAAGUGACGUAUAUGCAGCGGAUAGGCGCCGAGCCAGCUAGGUGUUCAUGGCAGCUCACGGCCCGGGGAGUGGAGAGGGGGGAGGGGGUGGUUGUCAGAUGUCAACAAGCCUAG